AUGGAAGGCAUUUUGUGGACACGAGAUGGUCGAAGUAAACUAUUACGUGGUUGGCAUAAACGGUAUUUUGCAUUAUCAAAUGCUGGAGUGCUUCGUGAAUAUACAUCGAAUAUCAAAAAGAAGGAACUUUUACGUCGAGAAACAUCGACAAUAGUAUCAACUGUACUAUCUCAUGAUAGUAAUGAGAUGAAUGGAAUGAUAUUACAACGUGAAAUGGAUAUUCGUGGUGCAAUUAUUAAAUCAUUACCAUUUCCAUUAGUUGGGAAACAUCAUGCAUUUCAAGUGAAGAUCGUACAAAGUGAACCAAAUGUUAAAUUAGUACUUUGUGCUCGACAAGUUGAUGAUGUUCGAUUAUGGAUAAAUGCAUUACGAUCUGCUGCUUUAAAAUUAAUGAUUCCACGAUAUCCAAGUCCAAUGGGAUGGAGUAGAGAGAAAGGAUUAGUCCCUGGUGGUGCUUUAGCACGAGGUUCAUUUGAUCUUGAUGCAUUACAGCUACAGAGUUCGCUUAAUAUGCGGCAUUUAGAACAAGCUUUUAAAGGGAUGGAAAAGGAAGGGGAUUGUGUUUUUUUCGAUGAAGAAAACGAUAGUAGUGAAGAAGAAUCAAGUUCUAUUGAAACUGCAUUACCAAAUUUACCAUCAAUGAAAUAUUGGAAUAGUGCAAUUCAGUCAGCAGCAUAUUUGCCCAAAACUGAAUUGAUAGAUAUGCUUCAAGAGCUUCAAUCAAAUGGCAGAUUCGUCGAAGCUUUACAAUUAAUGCAACAGAAUUCAACGUGGCGCAGCACAUACUGGCAGCAAAUUUUUGAUUGGGCUUUAACUCCUGCACAAAGUAAUGAAGAAAAUCAAAAUAUAUUCAAACGACAGAUUGAGACUCGACUUUCCGAUGAAGACGAAGCACAAGUACAAAAGGAUAUACCGCGAACAAUCAAGUGGCUCGCAGGAUCUGCAGGUGCUCCGAAGCUUAAUGAUACUGAACGUGCCCUUCGUUUAGAACAUUUGAAGCAAGUAUUGCAUGCUUUUUUAUCAAGUUGUUCGCUUGACGUACGAACGGAUGAGGCACCUGUGUCACCUUCGUCUGCAGGAUCUGCACCAUCUCGUAGUUUUUACAUGCAAGGGAUGAACGGAUUGGCUUUUAUUUUACUCGAAGUGCUUGAAAAUGAUCAAGUUGAAGCAUUUCGAUUUUUACGAGGCAUUGUCGCUCGAAUUUUACCACAUGUUGUGGACUGGGAAAGCUCGUCGCAAUGA